UGAAGGCUUUGCAAUGCAGCGGGAGUUAGUGAGUUUUCCCCUGGCCCCUGCGGUGCGAGUUAAGUUGGUGUCUGCAGGUUUCCAGACAGCUGAGGAACUCCUAGAGGUGAAACCCUCUGAGCUUAGCAAAGAAGUUGGGAUAUCUAAAGAGGAAGCCUUAGAAACUCUGCAAAUUAUAAGAAGAGAAUGUCUCACAGAUAAACCAGGACAUGCCGGUACAGCUGAGUCAGGCAAGAAAUGUACAGCACUGGAUCUUCUUGAGCAGGAGCAUACCCAGAACUUCAUAAUUACCUUCUGUUCAGCACUAGAUAGUAUUCUUGGGGGUGGAGUACCCUUAACCAAAACAACAGAAAUUUGUGGUGCACCAGGUGUUGGAAAAACACAACUAUGUAUGCAGUUGGCAGUAGAUGUGCAGAUACCAGAAUGUUUUGGAGGAGUGGAAGGUGAAGCAGUUUUUAUUGAUACAGAGGGAAGUUUUAUAGUUGAUAGAGUGGUAGACCUUGCUACUGCCUGCAUCCAGCACCUUCAGCUUAUAGCAGGAACACAAAUGGAAGAGGCACACCCAAAGGCUUUGGAGAAUUUUACUCUUGAAAAUAUUCUUUCCCAUAUUUAUUAUUUUCGUUGUCAUGACUACACAGAGCUACUGGCACAAGUUUAUCUACUUUCAGACUUCCUUUUGGAACACUCUAAGGUUCGAUUAGUGAUAGUGGAUGGUAUUGCUUUUCCUUUUCGUCAUGACUUUGAUGACUUAUCCCUUCGAACUCGAUUAUUAAAUGGCCUAGCCCAGCAAAUGAUCAGCCUUGCAAAUAAUCACAGAUUAGCUGUAAUUUUAACUAAUCAAAUGACAACAAAGAUUGAUAGAAAUCAGGCCUUGCUGAUACCAGCAUUGGGGGAAAGUUGGGGACAUGCUGCUACAGUACGGCUGAUCUUUCAUUGGGAUCAAAAGCAAAGGUUGGCAACAUUGUGCAAAUCACCAAGCCAGAAGGAAACUACAGUACCAUUUCAAAUCACACCUCAGGGAUUUAGAGAUGCUGUUGUUGCUACUGCAUGUUCAUUGCAUACAGAAGGUUCACUGAACUCCCGAAAACGGUCAUGAGAAUCAGAGGAAGAACAGGAAUCCAGAGACUAGUCUUGCCUG